CCAUCACGGAGAAAUCAUCUUCCCAUGGCUCUGAUCUGUUCUUCCAAAUCCUCCAUUAUCUCCUUCCAUUCCCAAUUUCCUUCCCCAACAGCAAAGGUUUCUGACAAUAGAUCUUCCUCUUUCAAACUCCAUUCUCCGCCUACUGCUAACAAAUGGAUCAUCGAUGACACAAGCCACUUGACAAGAUUUGAUCGCCCCUGCGAUAAUCUGGAAGAAAAGUUGAAGCUAUAUAAGAACGUUCUUGAGAAUGUGGGUGAAAAUUCAGUGAAAGGUUUGUGCAUGGUUGAUGCUAUGCAACGCCUGAACAUCGAUUACCACUUCCAAGAAGAA